AUGCCCUCACCUUCUGCCUUGCUCGCGACGUCUGUGCAAGGCCUUCGUCCAGAUGGAAUCGUCGGGGUCACCAUUACUACACAAAAAGUUGACCCCGAUCGAUUACCGCGCAUCCAACAAGCUCACGACUACCCUCGGGAAGCCUUGUGGCCUCUGGCCGGUUUUACAGCUUUAGUAGCCCUGUGCCAUUUAUUGGUUAUCCUCUCUACGCUCCUCUUUCCGCAGCGACACGCUAGGCCUGAAGGUGCUCGGAGCUCGCCCUCUCUUAGACGGAUCCCUGCAGCUCUACUCGACACCUUUCGCGUUAUUGCGUACCGCUGCACGAUCCCCAUCGGAGGUUCACAUAGCCUUAACCUCGCCGAGGUAUUUCUGACCGCCGCGUAUAUCACUAUCAUCUUCGUAUGGUCUUUGGUCCACUCUACAAACUCCAAGGGAAUGUUAUACGAUCCCAAAUACUGGGGCAACACGGCAGGAAAUGUUGCAGCUACCCAACUUUCCGUGGUUGCUGCACUGGGCACUAGAAACAACAUUAUUUCCUGGAUUACCGGUAUUAGUUUUGACAAGCUUAAUUAUCUCCAUCGGAUGUCUGCACGCGCUGUAUGUGUCUUGACAUGGGUGCAUGGUGCUGGUCGUGUGAGUGAAUCCUGCAAUGGCGGGAUGGGGUUGAUCACCGGCGCCGUGGGUUGGGACCAUCCGUUCACGCAAGCCGGUCUCCUUGCCUCGAUCGCAUUGUCAGUAUUGUCGAUUUUCUCCGUACGCCCAUUACGUGAAGCGGGAUACGAAGUCUUUGUUGUCGUCCAUUUCCUGCUUGUAUUUAUUGUCAUUCUAAGUGCAUAUUUCCACGCUCAGGAAUUCGAGCUCGGAUACUUCAUCUGGCCCGCAUUCUUGAUCUGGGGCAUGGACCGGCUGAUACAGGUCCUUCGCACAUUUAUACUCAAUGCAGGGUACUUCAAGGCUCGCUCUCAUGAACUGGACGCGAGGAUCGACGUCCUCUCGCCUCACUUCCUCAGACUUAGGCUAUACAGACCCAAUUUCUUCCAUUGGCGGCCUGGACAAAGCGCCCUUCUUACCCUCCCAACAGUUUCAACACUUCCCUUAGAGACCCACCCUUUCACGAUCUCAACCAUCGAUACACCGGCCGCGUACAAGGCGAGGACAAGUGGAGAAGUAACCCCGCCUAGUCCCAGCGGAUCAGACGAGAAACGCGACAAUCUGCCGGACAAUGUCGCCCCAGGGAAAGAGUUGACUUUCUUGAUCAGAGUUCGACGCGGGCUUACCGGAAAGCUUCUGGAUGCGGCUACGAAAGGAGAUACGGUCAAGGUUCUCGUGGAUGGGCCUUACAGCUCGCCUCCUUGGCUUCGUGGAUUCGAUAGCGUGGUGCUUAUUGCUGGCGGUUCAGGGGUGGCGUUCACUUUGCCAAUGCUUUUGGACACUAUUCGGCGUGCAAAGGCAAAUGCUGUUGGCGUAUGCCGUAGGGUGACUUUCAUCUGGGCUAUCAGGGAACUUGAGCACACGCAGUGGAUAUCGGAUGCGCUUGUCCCUGCGCUGCAGGACAUACCAUCGACCCUUGUGGUCGAUAUCAAGUUCUACGUCACUGGUUUGGCCGACGACUCUCAGGCCCAGUCGUUGGACGAUGAUUCCUCGCAUAGCGACCAUGAAAGUAAGGGUCAAGGGGAUGUGGAUGUGAAGGGGGGACAGUUAUUGCAGUCCUCUGUGGUCACUGUGGAGAACGGACGGCCUAACCUCAAGGCCUUGCUAGAUGCUGAGAUCGCUAGAGCCUCAGGCCCUAUGUCUGUCAACGUUUGUGGGACGCACACACUUGCCAACGUUGUCCGUGGUGCCUUGCGGAAGCCCAGAUUCAUGGAUAUCUUAAAAGGAGGACCAACGGUUACUCUUCAUAUCGAAGCCUUCGGAAGUAGUGUAAGCCCCUUUCCAUCGCGCGACCUUCUUGAAGCACGCUGA